AUGACGUCGCAGACGUUCGAGCGCCGUUUCCAGGACGUCGACUACUUCGUGUCGGUGGAGUCGGAGGUCGAAAACGGCCCUUUCACCGUGGAAGUGGAGCGGAAGACCGACGGUCAGCUAUGGAAACGCGUGCUGUCGGACAAAUACGUGCAAGAGCUCACCUCCAAGGCAGGCUCGGCAAAAUCCCUCCCCGUCUUCCGCGACAUGCUGAUCGCCGCCCUGCACGGCUCCUCCACCUCCGUCUCGGUCGAACUCCUCACCUACAGCGACCUCGAAGCCCUCCGCCACCGCACCACCGGCGCCGCACACGCCUCCACGCAGCCCUCCGGCCCCUCGAAGCGCUACUUCAUCCUCACGUACUCGGCGGAGUUCGACCGCGUGCACUACCCGCUGCCCAUCGAGCCCUCCGCGCCCGACGCCGCGCGGCUGCAGCGCAUGCUGGGGCGCAUCCGCGCGGAGAACGAGGCGCUGCGCGGCGCCGCGGCGCUGGGCGCUGUGCCCGGGUCGCGCAUCCAUGAGGUGGUAGAGGAGGUGCGGCGGCUGCGGGGGGAGAAUGACGCGCUGCGGGAGGAGCUGCGCGCCGGGGGGCGCCUCGAGGGCGACGAGAACACGGUCGUCGCGCAGCUGCAGGCGGCGCUAGCGCGCCGGGAGCUCGAGCUGGAGGAGGUGACGCGCGAGCUGCGGGUGGCGAAGCGGCAGCGGGACGAGAUGAGGGAGCGGGCGCUGAACGCGGAGACGGCGCUGGAGGACGAGGCGUCGCGGAAGGAGCGCGUGACGCGGCGCGCGGGGCGGGACUUGGAGCGGGCGCGCGAGGAGUGCAUGAAACACAUGCAGACAGCACACGAGCUCCGGGCGCGCGUGAGGGAGCUGCAGAACGAGCUGGACGCGGUUGGGGCGCGCAGGGGCUCGCGGCCGGCGACGAAGCAGCGGCCGCAGAGCGCGGCGCGGGCGACGCCGUCGCGUGCGCACAACGUGCCGACUGGGGUGAGCGGCGCGUCGCGGGGGGCCUCGCGGCAUGCGUCGCCGACGGUGCGGCCGGCGCGGCAGCCGCGGUGGGGCGCGCCGGACCCGCCGCGCGCGACGAGCAACCGCGCGGCGCGGCGGGCGAACGGCUCGCCGGCCGUAGGGCAGGGGGGGUCUCGGAGCAACACCCCUGGAAGGAACUAUCCCCGGCCGUGGGCGGAGCGGUCGCCGCUCAGCGGGUUCCGCAGCGCGUCGAACUCCCCCGCGCGCGGACGCUUCGAUCCCACCGCGUGGGUGAACCAGAAGGAGGACAGGCUCGCGCGGGCAGCCCAGCGUCGGACCGGCGUCUUCACCCCCCCCUCGUCGCGCCCGGCGUCCCGCACGGCGUCGCGCGAGCCGUCCAGGCGGUCGACACCUGCGCGGGACCGGAGCUCCGCGGGCAGCAGGGCCGGCAGCGUCGACAGGCGUGCGGCUCCACAGCCGCGCAGGACCUCCGGCGGCCCGGCGCGGCAACGCGGGCCAUCGCCAGGCGCGCGUCCUUCUGCCGGCGCCCGCGACGUCCGCAGUGCGUCGCCGAGCCAGGCCCUGCAGGCCGUCACCGACAAGAUCGCGAAGUGGCGGCAGGACCGCGGCGCCACGGGAGGCCUCACGGGCCCCGAAACGGAAGGGAGUGCCCCGCGCGGAGCGCGCGCGCCGCACGCGCCGCCCGCGGCCACCAGGCGCGCGGCCGAGCCCGCGGCCCGUGAGGCUCGCCGCGGAGCACGCGCAGGAGCGGGCAGGCGGGGCCACGACGGGGCCGGCGGCUUCCGCGCCCGCAGCGGCGGGUGGCGAGCCGCAGUGGAGCAUGGACGCGAUAGAGAACAAACUCGCGGAGCUGGAAGGGUACGUGCAGCGGGCGAAGCAGCGCGCCGGGCAGAGCAUCGAAGUUGUGUGACGGAUCGCGCGGCCGUGGCGUUGUGCGGGGGGUCUCCUUUCCGCGCCCCUCCGCCUCACCAGUCACUGCACGCGAGACCGGUGUGCGCGGGAGCGACAUCACGGGGGACCUAG